AUGACGGAUAUCAUACCACAAGCAAGAGGUUUCCUAGCUACAUCUCAACCAGAAAAGGCAUUGGAAAUACUUACACCUCACAUCACAUCCAAUACAUCAUCACCAGAAUUUCUCUCCAUAUUAGGUGAAACUUUACUUGAGAAUAAUCAAUUAGAACAAGCUUAUAAUGUACUAAUACAAGCAUGUGAACUAGAUCCUGAUGCUUCAUUGGGAGUUGAAAAAUUCUUGUAUUUGGGACAAAUUAUCGGUGGUGCAGAUGGGUUGAAUUAUAUAAAUACCGGAUUGAAUAAAUUGAAUGAAAUAUUAGCUAGUAUCACCCAAGGUGAUCUAUCGCAAGAGGAAUUGUCUAAGGGAGGCUACAAGGAUGUUAACGAGUACAAGGGCUGGGUGAUCAAGAAAUUGAACUCUGGUAUUUUUGCCAGUAUUGAAAUUUGGAUGACUGAUUUGUGUAUGGAACUGGAGGCAGAAUCAAAAUGUAAUGAAUUGAUUGAAUUUAGUUUGUCAAUAGAUCCAAGCAAUCCUGAAUCUUUGUCUUUAUUAUCAUCAAUUAGAAUUUCCCAACAACGUCAACAAGAUGCCAUUAAUGCGUUGAAUAAAUCAUGGGAAUUGUUCAAGUUGCAAAAGACAAAAUUGGAGGAUUUUGCCAAUAAAAAGGAGACAAAUGAAGAAACUACCACUGGUGGCGAUGCAUUUGAAGUGGGGAUGGAGUACGUUGAAUUGAUUCAGCCUUUAGUUACAUUAUCUCGAUAUGCAAUUGAAUUAGAACAAUAUGAAACUGCCAUUGAUAUUGCUUCUAAUAUCCAAGACAUUAAUGAUUCAAUACUAGAUGCAUUUUAUAUCGAAGCAUUGGCCAACCUAUUCAAAGCCAAACAAAUUUCAACUGCAGAUAACAGUAUCAAGUCUGCUAAUGAUGAUUUUGAUUAUCGAGAAUUGGAAGUUUCUCAAUUGAAAAAUACACCGGAGAUCAAACAAAUUUUAUCAGAUACGAGAUCGAUUUUAACUUCAGCUUAUAAGAUCAUCAAUAGUGAAUUGGGAGCUGAAAACGAUCCAGUAUUGGUUGAACAAGUGAAUGAAUUGUUGAAUCAAUUGGGUGGUCCAGUAAUGAGUGAGUUGAUGCCCAAGAGAGAAAAUUUGGAUGAUGAUGAAGUGAAUUGGGAAGAAGAAAUUGUUUCUGAUAAUGAAGAGUAA